AUGGUGGUUUCACUACUGCUACUGCGGAAGCCAUGAUUUGCAGCUGGAAACCCCAGGCUCGGCUCUCUUGCCUUGGCGUAACGCCUUCUCACAAGCGGAUUUCUAGGAGACUUUGACGCGCAUGUGGUCCGCCGAGGCCUGGCAUCCUCUGUAGCGUCUUCGCCUUCCACGGGUAUUUAACUUCUGGCGGACCCAGCAGUCCGAGUAUUCAAGGGCGGCUUGACUCCCCUCACUUCCUUGUCCUCGGGUCAACAACGCAGCAGCCUUGGGGCUUUGUUCUAGGACAUUUUGGUGCUCUCCCUCGCGGCUGCGUAUAACGCGUACAACGGGACCUGGUGCGCUUGGAAUGGAGCCCGAGGGCGACGGCGCUGGGUCGGGCAGUUCAGGCGGGAGCGACCGGUCCGGCAGCGGCAGGCGGAGGGGCCAGGGGGACGAGGAGGCGGGGUAUGCGAUGGACGACGACGAGGAGCGGUCGGAGGACGACGACGAGGAGGACGAACCAGGCGACGACUCGGACGACGAGGACUUCGACCCCACCAGCUGCGCGCCGAACGGGCAACUGACGCGGAGAGACAAAGAGGGCGAUGCCGCGGAGGAGGAGGAGGAGGACGACCGCGAGUCCCCGGACUCAUCAGGCGACGACUCCGACUCAAGCAGUGACUCGUCCGCCUCUGAACCCAGCAGCGGCGGCUCCCGCCGCCCCCAGCCCCGCCGCCCCAACAACCGCAGAAAAGCGCCCCCGAGACCCGCCGCUGGGAGUGGGAUCGGUGGGGGAGGGGGAAGCGGCAGAGGGACUCGGGCUAGCAACCGGUCUAGUGCGAGGCGGAGGACUGUAGAGUCUUCGGACGACGAUGAUGGUGAGGGGGAUGAUGGGGAGGAGGAGGGGGCGAGCGACUCGUUUGACGAGGCUGGCGCGGGCGGAGGGGAGGACGAGAGCUCGUCGGACUUCUCAGGGUCUAUGAGUGGGUCUGGGAGCGGAGGGAAGGGGGGUGCGGCACAGAGGGAGACACGCAUGUCGAGGCGGGCAGUCCCUCGGAAGUCGUACUUUGAGGACGAUGAGGACUCGGACGACCUUGCCCCCCCUGCGAAAAAGAAACUCAAGGGCAUCGCAGCAGCGGGGGACAACGAGGGCGAGGAGGAGGACGACGACAUGCUGCCGCCCACCGGAGACGCAGCAGCAGAGGAAGCGGAAGUAGAGGGCGACGUGGUGGAGCGAGUGCUGUGGCACCAGCCGCAGGGGCGGUAUGAGGAGAUGCGCGCCGCAGGGCAGCCGACGGGGCCGGCGGUGCUGGAGUACGACGUGGGGGAGGCCAUCGACUGGGAGCAGCAGGAGCUGUACGUCAAGUGGAAGGGGCGCUCCUUCCUGCACUGCGACUGGCUGCCUGUAUCGGCGCUCUCUGUGCUGCCGGGGUUCAAGAAGGUGCAGAACUACAUGAAGCGAGCGGAGGAGGAGAGGCGGUAUCGGGCGAGCGUGUCGGCAGAGGAGGUGGAGGCACUGAACGUGGGGCGCGAGAUGGAGCUGGACCUUCUCAAGCAGUACUCGCAGGUGGACCGCGUCGUGGCUGAGCGCCCCGCCAAGGCAGUGUUGCCAGCGGGAGCGGCAGUGCCGGAGGGGGACGAGGUCAGCAGCUACGAGUUCUUUGUCAAGUGGAAGGGGCUCUCGUACUCUGAAGCCACCUGGGAGGCGGAGGCGGACAUAGAGUGUGCGCGCGAGGCGAUAGACGAGUUCAAGGCGCGAGAGGCAGGGGCGCUGGUGGUGGGGAAGUCAGUGGAGGCGCAGAGGAAGAGCUGCCGAGGCAUGAGCAAGCUGGAGGUGCAGCCGGAGUGGCUAAAGGGCGGCACGCUGAGGGACUACCAGCUCAUGGGACUCAACUUCCUCAUCCACAGUUGGAUGCGGGACACGAACGUGAUUCUGGCGGAUGAGAUGGGGCUGGGCAAGACCGUUCAGUCCGUCUCCAUGCUCGGCUUCCUCUUUCACAUGCAGCAGGUGCAGGGCCCGUUCCUCAUAGUGGUGCCGCUGUCCACGAUGAGCAACUGGGAGAGGGAGCUGCGACGCUGGCUGCCCUCGCUCAAUGUCGUGCUCUACGUCGGCAACCGCGCCUCCAGAGAGGUGGUGCAGCAGCACGAGUUCUGGCAAACGGGCAGGAAGGGCGGGCGGCAGAGCAAGUUUCACGCACUGCUGACGACGUACGAGGUGGUGCUCAAGGACAAGGCCGUGCUGUCGCCCAUCAAGUGGACGUACCUCAUGGUGGACGAGGCCCACCGAUUGAAGAACUGCGAGGCUGCUCUGUACACCACUCUCAUUAGCUUCCAUGCGCGCAACAAGCUGCUCAUCACUGGCACGCCCCUGCAGAACAGCGUUGAGGAGCUCUGGGCGCUUCUGCAUUUCCUGGACUCGAGCAAGUUUGGCGAUAAGGAGGAGUUUUCAGCCAAGUACAAACACCUGCUGGAGAACCAGAGCGAGAAGGAGAUCACGUCGCUGCACCAGGAGCUGCGGCCGCACAUGCUGCGGCGAGUCAUCAAGGACGUGGAGAAGUCCCUGCCGCCCAAGAUAGAGCGCAUCCUGCGAGUCGAGAUGUCGCCACUGCAGAAACAGUACUACAAGUGGAUUCUGGAGCGCAAUUUCCAGGACCUGAACAAGAACGCGCGCAGCAACCAGGUGUCGCUUCUCAACAUAGUGGCGGAGCUCAAGAAGUGCUGCAACCACCCCUUCCUCUUCGAGAGCGCCGACUACGGCUACGGGGGCGGGGCGGCCGGGGGCGCGCUGGACGCGCAGGGCAAGGCGCAGCGCAUCGUGCUGGGCAGUGGCAAGACGACGCUGCUGGAUAAGCUGCUGACGAGACUUAAAGAGACAGGCCACCGCGUGCUCAUCUUCUCGCAGAUGGUGCGAAUGCUCGACAUUCUCGCGGAUUACCUCGCCCUUCGCGGCUUCCAGUUCCAAAGACUGGACGGCAGCACGCGCGCGGACCUUCGGCAGCAGGCGAUGGAGCACUUCAACGCGCCGGGCAGCGACGACUUCUGCUUCCUGCUCUCCACCCGGGCCGGCGGGCUGGGGAUCAACCUCGCCACUGCUGACACCGUCAUCAUCUUUGACUCCGACUGGAACCCGCAGAACGACCUGCAGGCCAUGAGCCGCGCGCACCGCAUUGGGCAGCAGGACGUGGUGAACAUCUACCGGUUUGUGACGAGCGGCAGUGUGGAGGAGGACAUCCUGGAGCGCGCCAAGCGCAAGAUGGUGCUGGACCACCUCGUCAUCCAGAAGCUCAAUGCGGCGGGCAGGCUGGAAAAGAAGGAGAACAAGAAGAGCAGCAGCAUGUUCGACAAGAACGAGCUGGCGGCCAUCCUGCGGUUCGGAGCGGAGGAGCUGUUUAAGGAGCGCGUGAGUGAGGAGGAGGGUGCGAGCCGGCUGGAGAAUCUUGAUAUUGAUGAGAUCCUGGCGCGGGCUGAGAAGAUUGACAGCAGCACCGCGGGGGAGGGGGCUAACGAGCUGCUCUCUGCCUUCACUGUUGCGAAUUUCAGCAGCACGGAGAACGACGCUGCCUUCUGGAGCCGACUCAUCCAGGCAGCACCUGCCGAAGAGGAGAAGGCCCUUGGCCCCCGUGCCUCUCGCCGCGCCGCCACCUAUGCCAACGACGGCAUUGAUGCUGACGAUGAGGGCCACGAUGGGAGGGGGGGGAGAAGAGGAGGGAAGGACAGCGGGGGGAAGAGGAAGCGAGGGGGCGGGCGGCGGGAGCAGGGCGAAGGGGGAGGCGAGGAGGGGGGGUACCCGGCUGCGGCGCCUGCUGUGGAGGGGGCGCUGGUGCGGGUCACUCAGUGGACUGUGCUGGGGGAUUCAGAGGGGGCAGGGGGAGGGGGAGCAGGCACAGGGUUGGCUGGGGGGGAUGGGGCAGCAGCAGGAGCGGGUGCAGCAGCAGGGGGAGGUGCUGGGGCUGCUGGGGGGGGAAGGGCUGGUGCUGCUGGUGCUGGUGUUUCUGCUGCUGCUGGUGGUGUGAAGGUGCGGCGGUUGUCCAAGCGCGACGCAAACGCGUUUGUGAAGGCGGUCAGGCGGUACGGGGAGCCGGACCGGGUGGCUGAGAUGACAGCGGAUGCAGGCGGGGCGAUCGAAGCAUCGAGUCAGGAGGAGAGGCGGUCGCUCCACUCUCUGCUGAUCCAAGGCUGCAAGGACGCCGUCAGAGCAGCAGCUGCAGCAGAGGAAGAAGACCCCUCAGGCGCAGCACCAAAGCUCCCGCUGGUGGACUUUUUCGGCGUGGCGAUUAAAGCCCAGGAGCUGCUGCAGCGGGUGCGAGAGCUGCACUUCUUGACCAAGCGAGUGGAGCGAGUGAGCGACCCUGUGAAGCAGUUCCGGCUGCGGUCGCAUGCCCGCGUGCCGUCGUGGGCCAAGACUACCUCAUGGACCCCAGUGGAUGAUGCCAGGCUGCUGCUGGGGGUGCACUACCAUGGAUUCGGCAACUGGGAGCAGGUUCGGCUGGAUGAACGGCUGGGAUUGGAGAAUAAGAUCGCCCCCCCGGGAUCGACGGGUGGAAUUGGAGGAGGCGGGGAGGGGAAGCUGCCACGGGGGAGUCACUUGGAUGCUCGGGCCUCUGCUCUGUUGCGCAAGGAGCUGGAGUCCGAUCCGCACCACGCCAAGAGCGCUGCAGCGGGCAACCCCCUUAAGGUGAAGCUCAAGGUGCGCGGAGGAGGCAAGGGGGCCUUUGCUGCUGGCGCUGCUGCUGCCCCUGGCGCCGACGACGCUGUUGCCCUGGGUGGGGGGCGGAGAGGAGGUGCGGGUAGGGACGAGAGAGGGCGGAGGGGGAGAGGGAAGGAGGGAGGGGGGGAGAGGGACAGGGAUAGGAGGCACGGAGGGGAGAGAGAGCGGGACGGGCGGCGGCGGGGUAGGAGGGACGAAGAGAAGGAGAAGCGGUCGCCAGAGAAGGACAAGGCAGCUGCUGAGGAGGAGGAGGCGAAGGAAGAGGGGGAGAUCUCGGAAGGGGAGGAUGCGACAGCCGCCGCAGCGGCAGCGGCAGUGGCAGCGGCAGCAGCAGCGGCAGGAGGAGGAGGAGUAGCAGGGAGUAAGGCCGGGAAGGAGGACGAGGGUGGAGGAGGUGAGGGGGAGGCAGGGGAGGGGAGGCGCGGAGCAGCGUGGUGCAAGGUGCGGCUGGCGCCGCAGGACAGUGUGCUGCACCGGCUGAAGAAGCUGCAGACGCGGCAGGACCUGUCGGCCAAGGAGGUGACGGCGAAGGUGAAGAAGUACCUCAAGCAGCUGGGCCACGAGAUCGACAGCGUCAUCAAGAGGGAAGCCUCCGCUGCUGCCCUCUCGCGCCCCCACCUCCAGAGACUAUCUGAGGACCUGUGGGACUAUGUUGCCCAGCACUCGCACCUGUCUGGCACGCGACUGGCUGACAUCUACCGGAAGCUGAGGGACGACCGAGGGAGUGAGGGGAAGGAGAGAGGGGAGAAGGACAGGGAACGAGAGAGGGAGAGGGACAAGGACAGGGAUAAGGAACGAGACAGGGAGAGAGGGCGGGAGAGGGAUAGAGAUAGAGACAGGGAUAGGGAGAAGGAGAGGGAGAGGGAUAGGGAUAGGGAUAGGGAAAGGGAUAGGGAUAGGGAGAAGGAUAAGGAGAGGGGCACAGAAAAGGACCGAGGAGUGGAAAAGGAGAGGGAAAGGGACAGGGACCGGAGUAGAGAGAGAAGGUGGAGGGAAGAGAGAGGGAGAGGGGACGAACGAACAAAGGAGCAGGAGGAGAAGCAGAGGGAGGAGCGGCACAGAGAGGAGCGGCGGAGGGGGGAGGAGCAGAGAGAGCAAGGGAAGACAUGCGUAAGGGCAGAAGGGAAAGGGUGGGAGAGAGGGGAGGGGGACAGGACUCGUGACAGAGGCAGGGACAGGCGCGGAUCGUCCGAGCCUAGGAGUGCCCGAAUGACUCCCGAUCCUAGUGCUGCUGUACCACCUGCUGCCGAACCAACCCAGAGGCUGCACCGAGCUUCCGAACCUGGACGAGAGGCUCGGGACCCAGCGCAUCGAGACACGAUGGAUGGUUUGGAAGGGCGCUCGUUCAAGGCUCGGGAGGGGGGGAGGUGGAGGGAUGGGGAGGGGCCUCCCGGUGUCUCCUCUGCCCCUGCCUCGGCCCCUGCAUCUGGAGUCAGCAGCCCUCACAGAAUGGCGAACGGGCAGGCGAGGGAAGGGGCGUGGGAGGGUGCAAGGACUGACAGGCACAACAGCACAGCAGGUGGUGAAGGGGGAGGGGGUGAAGGCGAAGGGCGCGUGGAGAGCAGAGCAGAGGGCUCUGGGGCAGGGGAGCGCAUCAGAGAUGCCAGAGAUGCCCCUCGGGAAGCCCCUCGGGGCGCCCCUCGCGACGCCCCUCGCGAUGCCCGUCCCCCCCGCCCUCCUCCUCCUCCGCCUACUUCUCAAGCCCCAGCGUCUCAAGUAACAGGAGGCGCAGGCCGAGGGGAGGAUGGAGGGGCGGGGAAAGGGUUGGGUGAUCCUCGGGGUGGUGGGGCGGGGAGCAGGGAGGCAGAGGAAGGGGAGGCAGGCGAGGUGCGGGUGAUGGUGGAAUAGGGGAUGGUGCAAUUGAGGCAGUGAAGUAUGGGCAAGGUUAAGUACCGGAAGGAGAGGAAUGGUGGAGAAGUGGGGAAGAAGUGAGGCUGUGGCUGGCUCCAAUGGGUUCUGAGCUUAAUCAAUCAGUGGGGCCCUUAGAUGGCGAGUCGACGUUGUUCCGGCCAUUGCAGCCAAGCCAAUGGGUCUCGCCCGGCUGAGGUGCUCCGAGAGGCAUGUGCUGUGCUGUGCUGUGCUGUGCCGUGGUGUGAUGCGAUGCUGCAUGGCAGUGGCCUGUGUGCGCCUCUUGGCCCGGUGGUUGCGCUACAGCUGCGUCGAGGUCGAGGGGUAACUGCUGCCCCUUUCUUGCCUGUUUCUUUUCUACAUUUCGCUAGUAUUGAUGGUUGAGCUGAAUGGCAGGGUUACAGAAAUUUCAACCUCAGGAAAACGCCUGUGCCAAACAGUGUGGACAUAAGAUGAUGCUGGAAAAACGAAAAUCUGUGCCAUGCUCAACAUU